AUGACUGACGGCUACUCGAGAUUCGAAGAUGAUAUGAUUGUGAAUUCAUAUCAUGCUCAAUCGCCCAAUCGUAAAGGAGAUGUUCCAUUAAAUGUUAGCGAAUCAACAAUACCAAAUGAAGAAGGUGAAAAUAUAGACCUGAGGAAUCAUUUUGAUGGACGCCUCGAUGUAAUAUUCAGUGAUGGAGAUCGUAGAAUCGAUGUUGAUCAAUUUUGGGAAAUGAAUUACCAUGAAGCUUCUAUAUUUUUAGAAGAAGGUGAAAAUAACGAAAAAUUUGAUUCUCAUCCACACGAACCUGAAGCUCUUCCAGCUUACCUUUUGGUGCACAACGAUUGGUAUUACGGUAUGGAUUUGGCUACAUCAUUAGUUUUAAUUGUACUAGCAUUUGCUGAAGAUCCAGCAACACCACCAUUUGAAAUGCCAGUUGCUCUGCAUAGCAUUAUAGAACUUUUUGCUCUCGUAAUAAUUGGUCUUGGUUUAGCAUUGAAACUUAGAUGGAUGGGUUGGUUAACAAUUUUGAAACACAAACGCACCAUGUUAAAAUGUAUAACAUUAACAAUAAUGAUUGUUGAAGCAUUUGUGGUGUUGGUACGUCAAACAUCUCAUUUUCGAGUAUCAAGAGCAUUGCGGCCUAUUUUCUUAGUUGACACACAUUAUUUAGGUGGUGUUCGGCGUUUUAUACGACAAAUACUUCAAUCAUUACCACCAAUAUUUGACAUGCUAUUACUGAUAUUCUUUUUUGUCACUGUAUAUUCUGUGCUUGGAUACUAUUUAUUCAAUAAUACAACUGAUGUACAUAACCAUUUUGACACAUUAUUUAACAGCUUUGUCAACAUGUUUGUUUUGUUAACUACAGCCAAUUUUCCAGAUAUUAUGAUGCCUGCUUAUUCAAAGUCAAAGUGGUAUUCAUUAUUCUUUAUUUCAUACUUGUGCAUUGUAUUGUACCUUCUAAUGAAUUUAAUGUUGGCUGUAGUCUAUGAAACAUUCACUAGUAUUGAAAGAGACAAGUUCAGAAAAUUGCUGUUACAUAAACGCCAAGCUUGUAAAAAUGCAUUUAAACUUUUAUUGACCAAGGAAAAUCCUAAUCAAAUGGAAUUUACUCAGUUUGAAGGAGUGAUGAGAUAUUAUGCACCUAAAAAAAGCAACCGAGAUUUAUUGGUGAUGUUUAGGUAUUUGAAUACUAGUGGGUCUGGUUCUUUGACUAUUGAAGAAUUUUACGGCAUAUAUGAUGCUGUGAUGAUGACUUGGCAGCCACAAGCGUUGGAUACACCAUGGUAUUUUACAGCAUCUCCUACAGUGCAAAAAAUUUGUCAAGUUGCAAAUUCAACUAUUUCAUGGCCAUAUUUUGAUCAUAUAUUUUAUAUAAUAACUGCUUUAAAUGGUAUUGCAAUGAUUGAACGAGGAAUGCAUUCGUAUUCAAAUUUACAAGAGUCUGUACUUGCAUUUAGUGCUGGAUGGGAUACAUGUUUCUUUUUAGCAUGUUUUACUUUAGAAGUAGCUUUGAAGACACUUGGCAUGGGAUUAGAACGUUAUUUCUCAUCUGGUUGGAAUUUAUACGAUUUUGUUGUGACAUUUGGUGGUUUAGUUGCUGUUAUAUCACUACGUAUAUUCCCAGAUUUUGUAUAUUUUGUUGUUUUUAGACCACUUAAAUUGUUGAGACUAUUUAAACUAAAGAAACGUUAUAGAGAUAUUAUCGGUACUAUGGCAAUUUUAUCACCUUUAAUUAAAUCUGCAGGAUGUGUUAUGCUCGUCAUGUAUUACUUUUUUGCUAUUAUUGGAAUGGAAUUGUUUGCUGGUUAUGACAUGCGCAAUUGUUGCAAUGGCACAAAUAUUGAGACAUAUUACAAAUUUACUCCAGAUAAGUCUGGAUAUUAUUACUUAAAUACUUUUCCUAAUUUGGCUGUCAGUCUUGUAACACUAUUUGAAUUAACUGUUGUCAAUAAUUGGUUUGUUGUGAUGAAUGGGUAUGCAACAAAAGUACAUGCUGCUAGUCGAGCAUACUUUGUAUUAUUUUAUCUUUUCACCAUGGUUGUAUUAACAAUAGUUGUUGCUUCAGUUCUUGAAGCUUUUAGAUUCCGAAUACAAUACAAAAAGCAAACUACAAAGAGAGAUGAGGAAAAAUUGCUGCAUGAAGAGAUUGAACUCAAAUGGGAAGAUGUUAUGAACUAUGUAAAAGAUUUCCAAGCAUUACAAAAGUAUAGAUCGGAUAUGUUUGUAGGAGUUGGUAAAAUAUCUUUUUUGGGAAGUCGCCCAAGAAAUCGUCAAGUACUGCAACGGCGGAUGUAUAGGCAUGAAAUUGAACAAUGGAUGCAAGAAGCUGCUGCUAUCGAUAAACGUCUGUAAGUGAAUAAGUUUCUUAACACUGAAGAAAACGAAUUAAACUGAUGGGGUCAAUUUAAUAAUAGAAUAACUAGUAUUUACUAUAUACAUAUAUGUUGUAUAAGGCAAAAGUAAUUAUUUAACUAUAUUAUUAUUAUUUAAUAAUUCAUUAUUAACACAUGCUAAUAAUAACUUUAUACCCAAGGUAUGUGUCUUAUUAUAACUACAAUAAUUUUGUUCCAUUCCUAAAUUAAUAUUCUGUAGGAAAUAGUUUUUUUUUUUUUUGACAAUUGUUUUUAAACUCAUCUAUCGUAAAAACAAAUGUCCUUCUGAAAAUAAUUAUGGUAGAAAAAAUGCAAAAGUUAAUAAUUGUUUUAUGAGUCAUAAACUAAACUAUUAUACUAUUCGGUUUUGAUAUCCUUUGCCUGUGAUUUUAUAGUAUUACCCUGAACAAAAACGAUCAAGUAUUUAUUCUGUUACUAUUUAUUUUUUA